GUUGUGAUGAAGUCUCACUCUUCACCGCUGGAUGGCACAUGCACACUCCUCCUCCUCCUCCUCACUUCAUUGCGCAGUUUGGAUCAUUAUCCGCCACUCUUCAUUUCCCACGCACCAAUUUGUGGAUUUUUGCGCGUUUCGAGGGAAAUCGGUAUAGGAGUUUGUACAAGGAAGAGUUCAUGUCAAUGUCCUCUGAGUGUGAGGCUUCUCGAAAGGACAUGAGGGUUAGAUCCCUCCAAGAGCUGGACAUCUAUGGUUCCUCUCUCCUCUCAUCCCAAGGCAGAGGGACUCAUUACUGUUUCUGAUCCCAAUUAUCCCCCCUUCCCCAAGUCUUUCCCUGAUUCAUGAGCCAGCAGGAUGCAUCAUCUGUGCGAGCCCUCUCUGAGCGUCUCCUCAUAGCCUCGCACAAGGGCCAAGCUGAACAUGUGGUUCAGCUCAUUAACAAAGGGGCCAAGGUAGCCAUUACCAAGAACGGCAGAACCCCUCUACAUUUGGCUGCCUAUAAGGGCCACAUUGCUGUUGUGAGGAUUCUCCUUGCAGCUGGGUGUGACCUGGAUAUUCAGGAUGAUGGUGACCAGACGGCCUUACACAGAGCAGCUGUGGUGGGAAACACUGAUGUCAUUUCAGCUCUCAUUCAGGAAGGAUGUGCACUAGACAGACAAGACAAGGAUGGGAACACGGCGUUACAUGAGGCUGCGUGGCACGGCUUCAGUCAGUCUGUCAAACUGCUGGUGAAGGCUGGCGCCAACGUUCACGCUAAAAACAAGCUGGAGAUCAGCUCAUGUAAUCUCUCUCAGGCAGGAAACACGGCUCUUCAUCUGGCGUGUCAGAACGGUCACGCUCAGAGCUCGAAGGUCCUGCUGCUGGCCGGCUCUCGUCCCGACAGCAAGAACAGCGUAGGUGACACGUGUCUGCAUGUGUCCGCUCGAUAUAACCAUCUGACUGUGAUCCGAGCACUCCUGAGUGCCAUCUGCUCAGUGACGGAAAGAAAUCAUGCAGGAGACACGGCUUUACACAUCGCAGCUGCUCUGAAUCACAGGAAGACUGUACGGAUGUUACUGGAGGCUGGGGCCGACAGUCGCUUCAAGAACAAUGCGGGAGAGACGGCCCUCGAUCAGGCUCGUGAGAAUGAUAAUCCUGAAGUGGCCCUGCUGCUCACUAAAGCUCCACAGAGCUUCACUCGAGGACGCACUGUGAGGAAGAGGAGGGACAAGAUGAAGACUGAGGGCCGAGCGCAGUCAGUCCCACGUGAUGAGAUGCUGCAGAGAAAGGACAGUGUGUCUCCAGCAAAUGACACUCAUGGCAGUGAAAAUUCUCUCCGGAACGACAAUGUGUGCGUCACAGAGGCACGUGCAAACAAAAACAGUGAGAAGAGAGUCAAAGAGAGGCUUUCGCCAUCAGAUGCCCUCAUGCGAAGACAAAAUAAACACAGUGAUCAUAAGAAGAAGAGCAAAACGGAGAGAUCACCAGCUGUUCCUCCUCAUAACUACAAGGCGUACCAGCUCUAUACUCUCUACAGAGACAAAGAUGGCAAGAUCAUGCAGGCCCCACUGAAUGGCUGCAGGUGUGAACCUCUCAUUAACAAACUGGAGAAUCAGCUCAUGGCCACAAAAGAGGAAAUGAAGUCAGAGAUUCAGACUGUACAGGAGCUCAUGAACACCAAGAUGGGCCAAAUGGAGCACAAGAACAAACAUCAGAUCAGAGCUCUAGAUAAGAUCACUUUAGAGCGAGUGUCUGCUGAGAGGAUUGAAUGUUUACAUCGCAUUGACCAGCGAGCCAUACAAGAACGCUUGGAAGGAGAAAAAAGACAGCAGGCGUCAGUGGUCAACGAUCUCAAGAACUGGUGCAUUUCUAAGAUCCAACGUUUGGAGUCGCGUCUCACUGGCGAUCGCAGCAACUCUAAGUUACGGCGCUCCUCGUCCCUCACCGACACGUUUUUGGAUUGUGAUCCUCAUUCCCACACAGCUGUACCAGAUACAUCUGGAGCCGAAGCCUGCUCCUCUCCAUCAACAAACCAACCAGAGGCCGGCGAUGGACGAGAGGCUGCAGCGGCGAGCACGAGUCCCGAGGAUGGAUCAGUCGGUUACUAUGUGAUUGAUGUGGACCGCGUCUCACCGGAUAAGCAGUCGCCACAGAAUCAAUCUGCACCCCAGUCUCCUUGUAUAGUCCGUCCUAAGCAGCGAUCCCGGGCCUGUAGUGACCCUCACCGAGCACAAGAUGAGCCUCAGGAUCUGAGUCUGGAGCUGAGACCCGUCUCCGAUCAGUGCUGCGAGCACAGGAACCUCAAAAGACGCACCCAACAAAGAGCAAAGACCAAACACAACGCUCAAACCAUGACGAGUUCAGGAGCCCCGCACGCCUCCGAGGCUUCCUUCGCCCAGGAGCGGGAAAACAUGCAUGCGCUGGAGGUUACACAGUACUUUUUUGAGGCAGUGACUGUGCAGAUGGAGCGCUGGUAUGAACGAAAGAUUGAAGAAGCACGCUGGCAGGCCAACCAGAGAGCCCAGGCCGACCGAGCCGCUCUGCUGGACAGAAUAAGCUACCUUGAGGAUGAACUCCGACUGCUGAGAACUAACAAGCAGGAGGAGAGCUAGUACAGAAGAUAACACUGGUGUAGCAGACACUGUAACUUCCAGAUGGAUUCGUGGAGUUCCAUGGAGCAGCUAGCACAUGAAGAUGAGUAGCAUCUAAACCGAUGUGGAGCAGAAACAUACUCUUUGCAAGUUCUUUAACCCAAAUGCUUCAAGCCACACAAGUUUGAUUUCAUUUGUCAUAACACAAUUCAUAAUGGAGGGCAAAUGCAUUCUUAGCACUAUAAUGGGCAUUAGCAUAAACUGUCUGCCGAGGUUUGUUUCUGCCAGAGAAACAUAAGAAUGCACUUUAUGUACAGCGGCACUGCAUGCUGUCAGAGCCCCGUUCAAGAAUCUGUGUCCUUGUUUAAUGCUUGCGUGGGUUAUGUGUCUGGCUUUAACAGACGUCACAUCACGACAGACCGCCACUGCCAAAGAUCUGUUCAGACUCCUGGUUCAAUAAUAGGCACUACAAAGAUAAGUGUUUUAUUGAGAAGGCAAAUUCAAAGGACUGUAUUCUUAAUAUAAAGCAUUCAGAAAAAGGCAUGAACAGAACUACUUAGUGAAAGUGUCUAAAUUAUGCCACUGCUUUGGAGGUUUGCCAGAUCGUAUAAAACCAGUGAACACUGACGAAUAAAAGUAAUCAAAUCAGUCACCGCAAACAAGGUGAUAUUAGCAAGUAUUAGUCCUAGUUUAUUUUGUAAUUUCUUUUUAUAUGGACUUCAUUUCCCAGAAUGAAACGUCAUAACCUGUGAUGUUUAAUUGAGGACUUUGAUGUGUUCUGUACUCACAAUGAAUUAAGUGUUUGUAAAAUCUUCACGUGUGAAUGUUUAAUUUGGUAGAUAAGUAAUCUAAUUAAACAUUUUCUAAUCAUUCUUUUAACAAAAUUCAGAUUACAUGGGCAGGGAAAAACUCUGUUCCUUUCUAUGGUAAACGUUCUGAGGCUGGUGUAGAGGUUAAAAUCAAUUAAAUCUAUUCAACUGUAAUGUUGAGGCAGCAAAGAAUGAAAUAAACUUGACUUUAUUCUAGUAUUACCCACUUUCCACCAUCCAAUCAAACAAGAACAUCGUUUCGUAUUGACUUUAAACAUUCACAAACGUUGGAUCAUUUUUGAUCACCACUGUGCUCUUGAAUGAUGUUUAACCUCGCACUGCUUCAUCAAGAUGUAUAACGUGUAGAUUGCUGAACGUACUGUUGAAAUGAUCAGAGACUCUAAAUAAUGGUCACUAUGAUUUCAAACUGCUUUUUAAAGUUACACUGAUGUGUUAGCCAGUGGCUGUUGAUGUUGAACUAUGGACUCAAAACUGUUUUUGAUGCAUGUCUUGACAAAUGUAACAACCAUGUUUGUUUUUUAUGUAGAUGUAUGACUACUAGAAUAAUUGUUUACAGCUGUUUCAAAGGGAACAUUAUUGUUUACCGUCAUGCAGCUGUGUGAUCUGUCACAAAUGAAUGUCUAAUAAACUACAUCUGUGUAAAUUUGUGAAAAAAAGAA